ACUUUGCUUUGGCAUACGAAGAAGAGUAUUCUUGUGAAAAUACCUUAUGCAGUCCCAAGGCCGGCGAUUUGCUCAUCGGUCGAGAAAGUGCUUUGCAGGCCUCUUCUACAUGUGGAUUAUAUGACGUACAACCGUACUGCGUAGUAACAGCUGGGGGCAAAAGUCACUGCAAGGAGUGCUAUUCCAGACAAGAGUAUAAUCAAAUAACUAAUCCCAACAGCCAUCGAAUCGAAAAUGUUAUAUCCAGGGUUCCUAGUGAUCCAGACAGAUGGUGGCAGUCGGAGAAUGCGGUGCACAACGUUAGCAUUGUGCUUAAUUUGGAAACACAGUUUCAAUUCAUUUCGACGAUUAUGCGCUUCAAAACAUUCCGGCCAGCAGCUAUGUACCUUGAGCGUUCUGACAACUUUGGACAGACGUGGAAACCCUAUGCCUACUUUUCUAAUAACUGUCCCCGGGACUUCCCCGAUAUCCCGGAAAGACCUCGAAGGACUCUCAAUGAUGUCACUUGCACUAAUGUCUACAGCCAGUUGACACCCUCUGAGGGUGGAGUCGUUGCAUUUAUGGCAGCUCCGAGCGAAAUGCAUGCCAAUCUCCCACUCUACAGUGAAGAACGACAAAACCUUUCAGCUAUAACAAACCUGCGCGUCACAUUUACAAGGCUUAAUACACUCGGUGACAUGGAGCUGGAUGAUUCCACGGCAAUCAAACGGAAGUACUACUACGCGAUGUAUGAGUGGAACGUCUGGGGUCGCUGUUCCUGUUUCGGCCAUGCCACACGUUGUCGACCUAAAUCUCCGCAUGAGCUCGAAAAUAUGGAGAAGGUUUAUGGUGUGUGCGAAUGUACACACAACACGGCCGGUGACAACUGUGAGAGAUGCGCUGACUUCCACCAGGAUAAACCAUGGCGACCGGCUACGCGGGAAUCGGCUAAUGCAUGUGAAAGUAAGUCAGAUAGUAAAUUAACCUUCCAAUGGGAACGUGGACAUGACAUCUUUAUGUGGUUCAAACGCACUUUAGUUCCAGAAAGUUCUUUGAUGAAUUAA